AUGGCUAGAUACGGUGCUACCUCCACAAACCCAGCUAAGUCUGCUUCUGCUCGUGGUUCCUACUUGCGUGUUUCUUUCAAGAACACCAGAGAAACUGCUCAAGCUGUCAGCGGUUGGGAAUUGACCAAGGCCCAAAAAUAUUUGGAUCAAGUUUUGGACCACCAAAGAGCUAUUCCAUUCAGAAGAUUUAACUCUUCUAUUGGUAGAACUGCUCAAGGUAAGGAAUUCGGUGUCACCAAGGCUAGAUGGCCAGCCAAGUCUGUUAAGUUCGUCCAAGGCUUACUACAAAAUGCUGCUGCCAACGCUGAAGCUAAGGGUUUAGAUGCUACCAAGUUGUACAUUUCUCACAUCCAAGUUAACCAAGCUCCAAAGCAAAGAAGAAGAACUUUCAGAGCUCACGGUAGAAUUAACAAGUACGAAUCUUCCCCAUCUCACAUUGAAUUGGUCGUUACUGAAAGAGAAGAAGCCGUUGAAAAGGCUACUGAAAAGAAGGUCGUCAGAUUGUCUUCCAGACAAAGAGGUAGAAUCGCUGCUCAAAAGCGUAUCUCCGCUUAA